UUAUAACUCUGACCGAAUCUCAACAAGAUUCCACCUUCGUCUCGAUUAUUUACCAGAAAUAAAUAUUUAUUACGUAAAUUGGAAUACAUUAGUAGGAGUAUUAAAAUCCCAAGGUGUGAUUCUAGCUUCAUUUGAUUUUGGUAGUAAGUUGAAUCCAAAACGGAGAGAGAGAUAUGAGAGUUGCAGCGCAGAACACGAUGUCGUAUUGCGUGGAGGAGGAGAAGGCAUGCAUCAUCGGUUGGGUGGACAAAUACUUCAAAGACUGCCUCUGCAACACCAGCGACGAGAUUUCAUUCGGUUUCGGACUCAUUAGCCUCCUCUGCUGGGGAGUCGCUGAAAUCCCCCAAAUCAUCACCAACUUCAGAACCAAAUCCGGCCAUGGCAUCUCCAUCUUCUUCCUCCUCACUUGGGUCCUCGGCGACAUAUUCAAUCUAAUGGGCUGCCUUCUCGAACCUGCCACGUUACCAACCCAGUUAUACACCGCCGCGCUCUACACAGUGAGCACCGUGGUUUUAGUUAUACAGAGCUUCUACUACGAUUAUUACCUUAGGUGGCGAAAUGUGAAACCACCCAAAGAAUCACACCAACAGGUAGAUGAAGAGCUGAAGAAGCCUCUAAGGCCAACACCACAAACUGAUUCCCCCAUUCCAAUACCAACCCGUGGCGAAGCCUAUUACUACGCGUCUGCAAGAUCAAUGGCUGCGAGCACAACUCCGCCUAUACGUAUGCGUUCGUAUCUUUGGCCCAUCAAGAGUGGUCCUUCUGCUGUCGGAAUCGCCAACAAUUCCUCACCAGACAACGAAGCUCGUCCCAUUCCUUCGAGGAAUGGUGCCACCAAACCUAAGCCAAUUCCAAGAUCUGCGGGAUUUGGAGCAUUUUUGGCUACAUCCAUCAGUAUGCCACGAGAAACAAACGCUUUGGUGCAAGUGUAUCUUGGAUUGAGUGGAAGGAAGAUGUUGCAACUGGGAUUAAAUCAAGAAGAUGGAUCAGAGAGCGUUUUUGGUCAGUGGUUAGGAUGGAUGAUGGCUGCCAUUUACAUGGGUGGAAGGCUUCCUCAAAUAUGGUUGAAUAUUAAACGAGGGAGCGUUGAGGGAUUGAAUCCUCUCAUGUUUAUCUUUGCACUUGCGGCUAAUGCUACUUAUGUAGCCAGCAUUCUUGUGAGAUCAACUGCCUGGGACAAAAUUAGAGCUAACUUGCCCUGGCUACUGGAUGCCGCCGUCUGUGUACUGCUCGACUUAUUCAUAAUAUUGCAGUAUGUUUACUACAGAUAUUAUAGGAGGGAAAGGCGCUGCAGCGGAGAAGACUAUACUGAAGCCACAAAAUGAGGCAAUGCAUUCGUUGUUAUGAUAAUUAGAAGUUUUGACGAGAUUCCCUUUUGUUCGAUUCUUAUACUCCUUGCAGUUGAUUUGAGUCGGUACGAGGAAUAAACUUUGUUAGAUUUAUUUCUUCGUGAAGAUCCUAUUUAUGUCACUAUGUAACAGUUUCAGUUCAGUCACAAACAAAACCCAAAUUUAGUUGUUUGAGUUUCUAAUUUUUGAGUUUUCA